ACCUAGAAGAAGCUAUCAUGUACUAUACAUGUGUAGCUUACAAAACUACAUGUUUCAUCCUGAAGAUUGUUUAUUGCUCCAACUUCAUUGUAACUUUAAUGGCUUAUUGUACAACAGUAAGACAACAUGACACAUUUAUCCUGUGAUGGAGGUGGAUUAUUUUUUAAUUAGUAAAUAAAAUGGUUUCAGGGAAAGACACAGGGAGAAAAAUAUAGUUUCAAGAAUUAUUUAGCACUGCUGACUAAAUUAAUUUGAAGCCAUACCUAUUCUUAUUUCCAAUUUAUUGUCAUGUUUUUCUACAAGACAUAUUUUGUAUCUCAGCUGUUGAAACUAAAGUCCAGUUGUGCUGGAACUUUGCUUCAAUGUUGCUUGAAAUAUGCUUCCGAAGUAACACUUAAGUGACAGUGAGUCCGAUCUAGAUGUUAGAUCUAAUGGCUUCUUGUAAUAUUAUUAUUUUCUUCAAUUGUAUAAAAAAAAGUUUCAUGGGAAGGCACUUAUUUUCCAGCAUAAAGUAGGGAGAAAAAUGUUGUUUCAGGAAUUAUGUAGCGCUGCUACCUGAAAAAUGUGAAACCAUAACUAGGCUUAAUUCAAAUUUAUGUUUAUGUUUUUGCACGAGACAUCUUGUGCAUGUAUCUCAUCUGCUGAAUUCUAUGACAACAUCUGUCUGAAGUCCAGUUGUGCAAAAUCUGUUGGAACUUUUUUUAGCGUUACCUUGAAAUACGCUUCCAAGGUAACACUGAAGUGACAGUCAGAGCUAUAAGAAACUUUCAUUUACCAUACAUGUUUAACUUGCAAAACUUGCUCUCAUCUUAAGGAUUAUUUAUUGAUGCAACUUUAUUGCAACUUUAAUGGCUUCUUGUAUUAUUGUUAUUUUCUUAAAUUAUAAAAAAUGGUGUCUUGGAAAGACACUUAAUUUUCAACCUGAAGUAGGAAGAAUAAUAUUGUUUCAAGAAUUACUUAGCAUGGCUUAAUUCCAAUUUAUGUUCAUGAUUUUUGCACAAGAAAUUUAUGUUAAUGCAUUUCAGCUGUUGAAUUCUGUGACAACAUCUGUUUGAAUUCCAGUUGUGCAAAAUCUGGUGGAACUUUUGACCUCCUCCUGUCUGACUUUUUUUUAAACACAAAUCCAAUAAUGGGUGUGACAGUCGAUGGCUACAGUGUCGCUAUUUAUGUACUGUGGUCACGCUACCUAAAGCAGAUGAUCAGAUCAGAUUAGCAUAGCAGACUCACAUUAUGCACGGUUUCAUUUUAUUCACCUAUUAUGUGGGGAAGCAGAGCAAGAACUGUAACUGUGGCUGCAGCAGUGCAGUCUUCAUAGGAUGUGCUCUUUGUUUGCCACUGACAUUUGAAUGGCACAAACAUCCACCCUGCAUUUGGUAAUUGUAUGAUUUUUACCCAAAUGUUUGUGCCAGAGAUUUUCCUUGCAUGCAGUUAAGUCUAUUUUUUUCUUCCACUUUUGUGUAUUCUGCCAGAGGACAGCAAAGGGAAUUAUGUCCCUCGUGUGUUCACAUUAUCCAACUCUUCCUUUGUGGAAACACAGAGCCUGUUGUAAAGAACAAUAGUGCCUGAAUGUUUGAUGCACCACUGCAGCUUCAGGGCAUUCUGUUGCAAUCCUUUCAGCUCCUUUGUACUUGGGAUUUUGUUCUUGGAUUCGGUGUGUAAAUGAGUGUGAGUGCAUGUCAGUGUGAAUACGAAUGUGUGGGCUUGAGUGUGACGCAUCUCUUGUGUUUUAAUGAUCAUAUUUCAUACAAUGGAAUUUGUAUGAUAAUUGGGCUGCUUGGAAUAUUAAUGAUACAUUCCGGCUAUUCGCCGUCUCCUCCCUCUGCUUGUCAGGGACGAUGUGCUCUGCUGUACCACCCUGUAUUUAAAGAAUCCCCUCCCCAGCCCCUCCUCAGCUCUCACUGACUCAUCAUGCAUUAAAGAGCACGUGUACCUGAGGUGCUUUGGAAGAUUUUAGUUACUGCUAAGUAAGCAUGACAGCAGCUCAGUGGAUGGUGUUGUUUAACAAAGGGAUGUUCCAGACUGUUAGAGGAGCUGACAUGUACAGUGAAUUGCAGACUACCGUUUGUCCUCGCCUGAUAAGUUUCAAAUAAUACAGAAAAGAUGGUGAGAAUUAAAUGAUUUUUAACAUCUACUUGAUUUGCAGUUGAAUGAAGAUGAGAAACCUGGUUGUAUGAGUCACUGUAGUACUUUCACGCUGUGAUGCUUUGUGCAGUAAUUCCACGACGAUGUGUCUAAACUGUUAAAACACUUUUACUCAUUCUUGUUUUCUGUGCCAAAAGACCGCAGCUGGAGCCAUUUCUGUUCUUUCGUUUUGAAUCGGCACUGAUCAGCUGUAACUUCCUGUUUUUUUUUUCUGUUCUCUUACUUUUGCUCAUCUCACUGUGUUUCUCUCAUUCCCUGUUGGUCAAUUGCCUCCCAUUGUGACCCGGUGUGUUUGCGCGGGCGGAGUGAGUACUGUUCUCUGCGGGCGGCCGUCCUGAAUCACACAGGCUUCCUGUCUUGCAUGAAUAGGCAAGCCAUACAGGAAUGCGCUCCUACAUUUACAAUAAGAACUCUGUGAUUGGCUCACAGGCAGAACACUGCGGGAUGCGGACAUAUUUCUUCAGUGCGGACACGCAGGAGGACAUGAAUGGCUGGAUCCGGGCCAUGAACCAGGCUGCGCUGAUGCAGCAGAGUCACACUAUAAAGAGAGAUGUAGAGAAGCCAGACAAGGGUGCACAACAGGCAGUCCCACAAACCAACCACGUCCACAUCAACCAGAACUCAUCACGGUCAGAAAGCCUCCACAGAACGGACAGGGACGAACCUCAGGAUAAUGGUAUCAGACUGGCUCACGGAGAAGAGGUGAGGUAUGGAUUAGAGCUCCAGGGGAAGCCCAGCCAGUCUGGCCCACAGGAAAGAUUAGAGAGACUCUCUCCAGACUCUGUCAAUGGUGCCGCUCACAAGAAUGGACAGCGGACUGUAAUCCAAGUGGCUCUACCACCAGAACAAAAUGGAAAUCUUGUCUAUCAAAGGAGUUUUGUUUCACGGACGGACACUGAGAAACAUGUGCAUAUGCAGAGGAAGAACACGCUGGCUCAGGUUGAGCACUGGGUCAAAGUUCAAAAAGGGGAACCGUCAAAAAGUGCUCCCCCUGCUGAGUACAACCUUCCUCGGCGGACUCCUCCUCUAAAACCCAAAUCCAGCACAGCAGAUGUCACCUAUCAAUCAUUGCCAAAGUCUCCUCGUCUCCCGUCCGGCAGCAGCUCUCCUCCAGCGACAUGCAACCUGCCCAGUGACUACAAGUACGCCCACGACCGACUGAGCCACUUCCGCAUGUCCACCGACGAGCGAAUGGCCACCAAGGAGGGGAUGGUGUGGCAGCUGUAUGAGUGGCAGCAGCGGCAGCAGUUCCGUCACGGCAGCCCCACCGCUCCCAUCUACACCGGCCCCAACUUCACGGACUCGUCGUCUUUCAGAGUUACUGUGGAAAUGCCACGCUCCAUUUCUGUCCCUCCAUCGCCAUGUGAAGUCCCACCAUCAGUCCCCUCCUCCUUCAAACCCCUCUCCCCACGCAGGCCACACACACCCUCAGACAGACGCACAGUCCGGCCCCCGGAUGAAGCGGCGCCGGGGGACAGCACAAGGUCCAGCUCCCCUGGCCACAUCUGUGCCCAUCUUUCUCAGACCUCCCAAAUAGAGAGACGAUCCGUGCCAUCCAUGGGCUACAUCACGCACACCGUCAGUGCUCCCAGCUUGCAUGGCAAAACGCCAGAGGAGCUGACUCUGCUCCUCAUUCAGCUACGGAGGCACCAGGCCAAGAUGGCUGGUGUGCAUAGCCCCAGCAGUGCGUUCGCUCACCUGCAGAACCACCAGCACAACGGCCUCCUUGGCCCCAGCAUGCAGGCUGAUGAUACUUACAUACAACUGAAGAAGGACCUGGAGUAUCUAGAUCUGAAGAUCGAAAGUAUUGACCCGAUGAUCGUUUCAGUACACAAUGCGUUUGAAAACCCCACUUCAAGUUUUGGGUAUUGUUGGAAUGUUACUGGACGUGAGAGUUUAAAAAAAGAAAGACCAUCAAGGCCUGUGAAAAUAGCAGAAAGUGAUGCCGAUGUGAAAUUAAGUCGACUGUGUGAACAAGACAAGAUUCUCCAGGAGUUAGAGGCCAGCAUACGCACUCUAAAGGAGGACAAGGACAAGUUGGAGUCAGUGCUGGAUGUUUCCCACCAGCAGAUGGAGGAGUACAGAGAUCAGCCGGCUCAUGCUGAGAAAAUUGCCUAUCAGCAGAAAUUACUACAAGAAGAUGUGGUCCACAUCAGAGCUGAAAUAUCCCAAGUCUCCACAGAGAUGGAGAAUGCAUGGAACGAGUACAGCCGCCUGGAGAGAGAUGUGGACUGGCUGAAGUCAGCCCUGCAGGGACAGAUGAACCGCAGUGAUCUUACUCAGCAAGAAAAAGUCCAGAUCAGAAAGGAGCUGUGGAGGAUUGAAGAUGUCAUCGCAGGCCUCAGCACCAGUAAAGCCAACUACAAAGUCACUAUCUCCUCUGUUACCAACCCAGGAAAAGCGUGUGUAUUUACGCUACAUGAUCACAUAUUGAAUUCCCCAGAGAGGAAAUUUGUGCCUUCAGUGUCGGUGUCAUCAGUGCCUUCUGCGUCUGGGAACCCGUCUGCUAUGGAGAUGAGAUUGUCCCAGCAACAGCAGCAGCAACAGCAGCAGCAGCAGCAGCACAGCCUCCACCUCAGCCCCAGUAGCCACACCCCCACGCUUUCUUGCUGCCCCAGCCAGCAGCCAUUACACCACUCUGCAACCGUCAUCAGUGGGCUUAAAUGGAGUGAGGAAGAUGUGCCUCCCAGACCUCCUCUACCUCAGCUCUAUAGUCCUGAUGAGCAUCCCCCUGCUGUGCCUCCGUUGCCCCGGGAGACAACAGUCAUCCGACACACCUCCGUGCGCGGCCUCAAACGCCAGUCAGACGAACGCAAAAGGGAUCGAGAGAUUGGCCAGUACACAAAUGGAGACAGCAAGGUGGAACUUCGGCCUUUCCUGAGCGAUCCAGAGCUCAUGGGAGCAGGAGACGGCUCCAGCCACGUCAGUAUUGUAGCAUCUGGGCACGAUGGAGGUUACCAGACGUUACCUAGCAGAGGAAUGGCUGCCUCCUCAUUUAGAGUAAAUCAGUCUUCAAGCAUCUCCUCAUAUGUGACUCUGCGAAGAUCAAGCUCAGCAGCCGGCAUGAAGGAGAGACCAAAAAGUGCCUUGGAGCGUCUGUACUCUGGGGACUCGGCACAGCAGCAGCAGAGGGGGAAGAUGAGUGCUGACGAGCAGCUCGAGAGGAUGAAGAGACACCAGAAGGCCCUCGUCCGCCAGCGCAAACGCACCCUGAGUCACGGAGACCGCCAUGCCUCUUCAUCAUCGCGCAGCUCGUCCUCGUCCUCGCGCCCGCUCUCGGCAGACUUGGGAUCAUGGAAGCGAGAGCAGGACUUUGACCUGCAGUUGCUCGAGAGGGCUGUUCAGGGGGAAGAGGCUCAGGGAGUUAGGAGCGUCCAGGGGGAGGAAAGACCUCCCGAGCACAAAGAGAGACCCCGCUCACACUCUGAUGAAUGGCUGACCUUCCGCUCCAUGACCACAACCCCUCCCACCCACGAGGUCGACCUGGAGCCGCUGGACUAUGACCUGGACCUCAACAAAGAGCUAUCCAAGCCUCAGAAAGUGUUGAUUCCAGAGCGCUACGUGGAUUCAGAGCCGGAGGAGCCGCUCAGCCCUCAGGAGGUGGAGGAACGUCAUCGUAAGGUGGAGCGCAUCAAGAACAUCUUGGCAAAGUCCAGUGUGCAAAACCUCACGCCAGCAGUGUCUGUGGACAAGCCAGACGUGGGGCUAGUGGCGCUCGACUCGGCUCUGCAGGAGCAGGAGAGGAUCAUCACCAUGUCCUACGCUUUGGCCUCGGAGGCUUCACUGAAGAGCAAACUAGUCACAGUCCCACCGCCUCCUCCGCCUCCCCCUCCUCCUCCUCUUCCUCCUCCUCCGCCUCCCCCUCCUCUUCCUCCCGUAUCUCCGACGCCUCCUUCUCCUCUUAACAACGGAAUUCACUACACAUUUGUCUAAUGUGAGAAAUAAACUCAAGCAAUUUCUGGACACUGAGGUGCUAUUCCACAACAAACCCCUGGAUUCUUCAAGAAAAGAGGAUUUUGUUUGAUUUGGGACAUCUUUAUAUACAGCAGUAGAGAAAAAAAUGGUAGUAAACGUUUAAUUUUGCUCUCUGAGGCUCACGCGGCGUCGAUUCGUUAAAAUGGUUUUAGCUGUUGGAAGCGAGUUUCCUGAGAAAAACUGAAGACUUUGCAAUGGGAGCUGCUGUGCUUAUUAACUAUGGAAGCGUCUAACAAAUGUUACCCUCAUAAUAAUAAUAAUAAUAAUAAUAAUAAUAAUAAUAAAAACGUAUUUUCUACAAGUUAUUGCACUUUGAAUUCUACACUGCAUCAUAUUUUCAAGAUGUGACUGAAUUGCUUUUUCUUGCAGUGUGAUCUCACCUGGAAACUUUUCUUUUUCUCAUCAGGUACUGAAUGUUAAGAACAAGAGGUACGAAAUGAUGCGUCAUGAUAAUAGUAUUUUUGUCAAUAGUCAGAUAAUAUUCUUACACCAAACCACUUGAAAUCUCAUGUGUACCUGUAGCACUGCCAGUCUCCUUUAGGCUUGCCAAAAUGAAUUUUAUUUUUGCUUACAUCAGAACGAAAAUAACCUUUAACAUAUUUUUUUGUGUGACUUGGGGAGGUUGGGCAAUGGAAAUUUAUAAAAAUGUGAAUAUUAAAGAUAUUAACACAGA